UUAUUCUGUUAAACAUGUAAUCAUGUUCAGUCUGUGCGAUCGGCGCACUAAAAAUAUCAUACGCAUGAUAAGGGAAAAACAUGUGCGCGAAUAUUUUUGUGUACAAUAAUAUAAUUUAAUAAUUUACUUGGUAUAGUUAGUACUUAGAAGUUAUAUUUAUAAUAAUAAUAUAAUACAGUGACGUUUUUAAUUUGUGUUUAAUGUUACUAUGAUACUAUGAAUUGAUAGUUUUGUUUUAAUGUUCAACAACAUUUAUAAUAAGUAAUAACAAUGCCAACCGUCGACGAAGGUUUUCCAAUGAUUUGAAUUGAUCAUUGUUGACGAUUGUUGCAUUUCUAUGGCCAAACAGUACUUCAUAUCGUUCCUGCCGAUGUCCUGAUCAAAUGUUAUCUGUGACCUUUUCGUUCUUCAAAUAUUGUAAUAUUGCGGCGUUUACAAAAUUUAAGCUGUGACUGCAUACUGGCUGCAUUUAAGAUUCGAUACUACCUUAAUUGAGUUCAAUCCCCCCGAAAAUGGCAACAAUGGCUAAUACUUUAACUGCAUCAUUAUUUGAAAACCCAACUACACUAGCGGAAUGUAUUGCUUAUUCAAAUUUUAAUAAUUAUGGGUGGCAAACUCUAUACAAAAAUUAUAUGUCAAAUGUUAUGAAAAUAAUAAAUAUUCAUAGUGAUAUAAGCCGUUUGUAUUUGCUGAUUAAACUUGAUAUAAACAUUAAUAACUUAGAUGAUACUCUUUUAACACUACAAAUUGAAGAAAAAAUAAUCCAAUCUCCUGAAGCUGUACAAUUAACCAACAAUUUAAAAGAUAUUAUGCCAGAUGCUGAUCCCAUUUACUUAGAUCUAGUUGGAGAAUACUAUGCCUAUGAUAAUGAAAAACUAUACGAAUUCAUUGGUCAAAUUACUACAAAUAAAAAAAGCUAUCCUAGACUUCAAGAGUACAAUGAACGUGUUAAUCAUUUGGCUACUGUAAAAAGAUUAAGAGACAAUUUCACAGUUCAAGAGUUUUUAAAGAUGUGUCCUGAUCCAGUUAAUUACUUCAAAAAUAUUAAAGUGAAUUCAAUUACUAUACAUUAUAAUGAAUCACUGUCUUAUUUAAGUGAUAGAUUCAAUCUUCUUUCAUUGGCCAAGUUACGUGCUGAAUUACUUAAACAUAGUUUCAAUUUAUCAAAAGCUUUCGACUCUUUAUUAGCUGAUCCUAAACCUGUUUAUUUAAAAAAUAAAAGAAAAUCGUUUGGUAGUCGUCAUCAGAUUAAUUAUAAGACAACAGAAAAUAUUGAAUUUUUAAAAGAAAUUGCAUACCUUGAUCAUAAAGAUGAAAUUCUAAAUUAUAUUGAGUCUGUAAAAACUAUACAUAGAAUUCAAGUGGAAGAAGCUAAGUGUAUUGGCAAUCUAAACACUUGUGAAUGCUGUUUCGAUAAUGAACUAUUAACUACUGAAGUGUUUUCCUGUCCAGCUGGGCAUACAUUUUGUUCUUCUUGUAUAAAAAAAGGUACAGAAGUUGCAGUUGGUGGAAGUAAGGUGGAUAUUAAGUGCUUUGCUAAUUGUAAUGAAGAAUUCAAUCUAACUAUGAUAAAAAGUAUUGUUGAUGACAAACUAUAUCAACGUAUUAUGAGAUUGAAGCAAGCACAAGAAAUUAAAGCAGCUGAUAUUGAAGGACUUGAAACUUGUGCAUUUUGUGAUUAUUCUGUUAUUUUAUCCCCAGAUCUCAAGAUUAUUAACUGUUUGAAUCCUGAAUGCAAAAAAGAAACUUGCAGGCAAUGUCGAGAAGAAAGUCAUUUCCCAUACAGAUGUGAUCAAAUAGAAAAAGCACCAGAAGUAGAAGUCAGAACUAUGAUUGAAAACAAAAUGACUGAAGUACUCAUAAGAAUUUGUUAUUAUUGUAAACGUAAGUUUGUCAAGGAAGAUGGAUGCAACAAAAUGACUUGCAGUUGUGGUAAACAAAUGUGUUACAUAUGUAGACAGCCAGUUGAUUCUAAUUAUGCUCAUUUUUACCACCAAAAAGUGAUGGAAAAUAAGUGCCCAUUGUACACAGAUGAAAAUAUUGUACAUACUACUGCUGUUGAAGCAGCUGCUAGAUUGAUAAUCAACGAACUGAAAAUUAAGAAACCCGAAUUGUUGAGGAAUAUUGAUAUCAACAAGAUUUUGCCGGCAUUAAAAAAAUCAAAUAAGAUUCCAACUACUCAGAAAUCUGCUUUAGAUAUAAAUAAAGUAGUCGCUACAGUUAUUGGUCAAAACGUAGAAGAUAUUAAUAAUCUCAAAGAUAUGAGAUCAUUGGAACCGCGAGUUAAAAAACCUAAGCAUUAAAUUGCCUUAUGAUCAGCAGAUGUGUUAAUUGCAAAUGUUUAUAAAUUUUACUAGUUAAAAAGUACAAUUUUCAGACCAGUGUUCUUAAUUUUUAUUUGCAUACUUCCAAGUUAAUUGUGUUAUUUAUUUUUUAAUUUUAUCUUAGUCAUUCCUUAUUAUAUAUAAUAUAGUUAAAAGAAUUAAUAUUUAUGUAUAACAUAAUCAAAUUAAAAUUGGAUAUGUCAUUAAAAUAAAAAUUAUCUUACAUUUCCAAAUAA